AUGUCACCUUUCUUUUUGGUGGUCUCCACGUUGCUGUACAUUCAAAGCUACGCGUCGCAGAUCUGCGAACGCCGUACUCGUCUUUUAGCAAGGGCAUCGUCUUCCGAAUGUGACUUGUAUGUUGUCUCUGGCCAGGACAACCUUUUCGAGAACUAUGCGUUCUCCGACUUUCGAAAUCUAAGCAACUACAGCAUCAAUUGGCCGUCUUCAAUCACGGCGGAGGAAGACCAGGGGGGGGAGAACAUCACCUCAGCGUACUUUGCUCACCCGCCCUUCUCAGACCACUGGGAGAUCCGACGGGGCAUCAGAAAUGCAGAGUCAGAUGUCCCAAUGAUCUAUUCGGCACAAAAUGUCUACAUCUCACAAGACCCUAGCUCGGACGGUUCUCAGACCUACUUGACGCUGCGGACUACCCGACUACAGGACUUUCAGAGCGUCGUCCAGCUCGUCAGCCGCCCCGACAACCUCUUGCACGCGAGCAUGCGCACAAGGAUGAAAAUAAUCUCCGACGGCAAAGAUGGUGACAAUGUUGCUGGAGGUGCGGUAGUUGGCUUCUUCACCUACGAGUCUGAUACCCAGGAGAGCGACAUCGAGGUUCUCACCAAACAUCCGUCCGAUAUUGUCGAACUCUCAACCCAGCCGGCAUCGUCAACCACCCCAGGAGCAGAUGCCAGUGUCACGAUCCCGAAUGGCAAAGACUGGACAGAGUGGGUCGAAUAUCGAAUGGACUGGUUUGCAGGCAGGAACAUAUGGUACCUGGACGAAGAAAUGAUGCUCAAUAGCACCGACAGUGUUCCCACCGAGCCUAGCCAACUCAUGUUAAACCUUUGGAGUAACGGUCAGUCAUUCUCUGGCAGGAUGCGGCCCGGGAGAGAGGUGUAUGUUGCCGUGCAAUGGAUUGAGAUAGCAUACAAUGUGAGCAACCAAGGCCAGAGCUUGAAUCAGACCGACGGCCUGACGCAAUGUUUGGUGGAUUCAGUCGAAACAAAAGGCAUCCCAGAGGUGAUCCAGAAUUCUAGUGUCACGCAGAGCGCAGUAAGCACGGCCUUGAAAAUGUUUGGCACAAUUGUGCUUGUUUUGAUCGCUUGGUACUGUACCUGA